AUGGCGGAAGCUGGUGAAAAUGAAACGGAGAAUGAUUUGUCGGCGUUGUUGGAUAGUGCUUUGGCAGAUUUUGGUCGUACCCGUAACACGGAUGAUGAAUUGGAUUCGAUGAUGGAUACAAUGGAUCAACACGCUGUGCAAAAAGCGGCUCAGAAAUUUGACGAUGUAAUGAAGACGCUUCAAAAAUCCAACAGUCGUCCGAGUAUUAAUUUAUCUGAAGAAACACAAAUGACUGCGGAUGAGCGCAAAGCUGCUGAGAAUUUUCAAAAUAUGCUUAAAACAUUGGUUGAAGCUGAACAAAAAGCGUUAAGCGAACACUCAUCAAAUGAGGAUGGUCAAGAUAGUUAUGAUCGGGCUAGUGCUGAAGCUUUUAUCGGGCAAUUGAAAAACUUGUCAGAACAGGAUCCGACUAAUAUAGCGGACGAUUCACAGUAUAAAACGCUAAUAAAUCUUAUUCAAGCAUUCUUUUCAAAGGAUUUGAUGUAUCCGCCUCUGAAGCAACUGCUGGAGAGGUUUCCCAAUUAUAUAGCAGAACACAGUGAGUUGGAUGCAGAAACGAAGAUUCGUUAUGAGAAGCAGAUGAACGUAAUAGAACGUGUAUGCAUGGAAUAUGAAAAGGAUGAAAGCGAAGAUUUGGAAGAAAUGAAGCGACGAUUUGAUAAUAUCACCACAUUAAUGUUGGAGUUGCAAUCGUAUGGGUAUCCUCCUGAGGAACUAGUGGGCGAAGCUCCCCCUGGCUGGGUUGCGGAUCCUCAAACUGGUUUACCAAAAGUAGAUGAUAUAUCAAAGGCUGCCGAAGCUUGCUCACUUAUGUAG